AAGCUUUUUAUUUCCGUGUUUAAGCUAGCUUCUCCUGAGAACAUUAAAAUCUACCGCUAGAGCAGUGCAACCUGUUUGAGAGAAAAGUCUAUGCAAUCUGACGCCUGGCUGAGAGGCAGCAAGGAGGGCAAAAGCAACGAGUUCGCUCACAAAGGCUUCAAGGAGUUGGAAUUGUGGCUUCAGAUCAGCUACCAAACUCAUACUGCGAGUACACUGUACCAUAUAUUAGUGCCAUCUUACAGCACUAAACUAACUACAGGUUCGCCACGUACGGGGCUCAUUUUCUUGCUCCACACAGGAGCUUCUCCACAGCACUGCUGCAAUGGUAUCCAUGAUAUGGCAUGGAGACAAGUAGAAGCCAGCAUCACCAACUUUGGAGAGAGGAAAGACAAAUCAGUAGUGUAAUUUCAGAACGGAUGGAGUCGAAAGAAGGUAUCUUCAGGCGGCAACUGGUAGAUGUUCAUGGUGUUGCCUUGUUCUGGAGCAUCGCUGAGGCAUGGAGCCAGGUGGAGAACUUCCAGGCCAAGAAAGAUGAUCUUCUGAUUGCCACCUACCCAAAAUCAGGCACAACCUGGGUCAGUGAGAUUCUGGACAUGAUUUACAACGAUGCAGAUGUGGAAAAGUGUAAACGAGAUGCCAUUUUCAAUCGUGUUCCUUUCAUGGAGCUGAUUAUUCCUGACAUUAUUAAUGGUGUAGAACAACUUGCUGAGAUACCUUCUCCGCGACUAGUUAAGACUCACCUCCCAGUGCAACUUGUCCCUGAGUCCUUUUGGGAAAAUGGUUGCAAGAUGAUCUAUGUGGCCAGGAAUGCCAAGGAUGUAGCUGUCUCUUAUUACCACUUCUACAAGAUGGCAAAGAUGCACCCAGAACCUGGAACCUGGGAUGAGUUUCUCGGGAAAUUUGUGGCGGGGGAAGUGGCUUUUGGAUCCUGGUACGACCAUGUAAAAGGAUGGUGGGAGCAGAAGACUACCCACCCUAAUAUACUGUAUCUCUUCUAUGAAGACAUGAAGGAGGACCCCAAGCGUGAAGUACAGAAGGUGAUUCGGUUUCUGGGAAAGGAGGUGUCAGAGGAAGUGGUGAAUAAAAUUCUUCACCAUACGUCGUUCAAGGAGAUGCAAAAGAACCCCACUUCAAACUAUACCAUGAUGCCAGGUGACCAAAUGGACCACAGCGUGUCUCCUUUCAUGAGAAAAGGGAUUGCAGGUGACUGGAAAAACCAAUUCACCGUAGCUCAGAACGAGAGAUUUGAUGAGGAUUAUGCGGAGAAAAUGAAGGGAUCUACCUUGCUUUUUCGAACGGAGAUCUAAGGGACAAACAUUUUUUUCUACAGCGGGGUGAAAACCACUGGCUUCUCUGCUCUCAGCCCUGCUCCCACAAUGAUUAAUUUGAGAUUUGCUGUGCUUUAGCACUACCCAGAUUGUUACGGAAAAAUCUAGGUGUGAGGCUGCUCAGUCACCCAGCUGGUCGGGCAGAGCCCGCGGGUCCCUGCGGAAUAAAGGAAGGAGUCCAGCCACCAACCGGAGCAAACAGCUGUAGAUCAGUUUAUUGCGCCACAGGUUCAAAGAGGAAUUUUGAACCCUGAGGAUGGGGUGACAAAGAGUUUUAAAACUUUCCCACCAUAUCCCAGAAUACAGUUCAUACAGCAUC